CGGGAAAGGUCGCUGUGAUGUCAGUGGUGGUGAGCAAAGUGACGUAAACAUAAUUAUUAAUAGAAAACAUGAAUGGGAAAUGGGUAGAAAAGAUAAAGAAGGUUGAGGAGCUUGCAUCUCAAUAUGAAAGACAUCCACUUUGCAUGGCCUACAAACCUAAGCUUGCCAAACCGUGGCAACCCCCUUCUGUUUGGAGAUUGUUUCCUCGACAAGCAUUAGCUUUUAACUUUGCUAAGACACAGAAGGCGGAUGUUCAUGUAUUUGCCUUGGAGACAGUUAUUGACGAUACUGAACGAAGACUGUUUCUUGUAACAACAUAUACAGAGUUUUGGUUUUAUUAUGUCAAACACUAUAAAACCCUGGCUCAUUGUUAUGAGAUUAUUCCUGCAGAGACCGUUUGUAAACUUUACUUUGACUUAGAGUUUAAUAUAUCAGCAAAUCCAGGAGCCGAUGGUCAAAAAAUGGUUGCUCUCGUAAUAGAGUACUUCAGUAACAAGCUAGAAGAAUGUUAUGGUCUUAAAUGUUCAACAGAUUGUGUUUUAAAUUUGGAUUCCAGCACUAAAGAGAAAUUUAGUCGUCAUUUAAUAUUUGUAUUUCAAGAUGCAGCCUUUAAAGAUAAUAUACAUGUUGGUAAUUUUGUAAAAGGCGCAUUACAACCAGUUUUCCAUUUAAUUGAACAUAAAUUGGAUGUAGAAAUAACGUGUGAAACUCAUAUUUCCACUAAGGACACAGUGGAAGUUUCUAAUCUAAUACCACAUCAUGGGAUUUGUACAGCCAAAAGGAAUCUUCAACAAAUCAGGAAAAAAGAAUAUGAUCUUUCUUCUCUAAUUGUGAAAGAUAAGGAUGGAUCAAAUCGGCUUUUUAUUGAUCUUGGAGUUUACACAAAGAAUAGAAAUUUUCGCUUGUAUAAAUCCUCAAAAUUGGGCAAGAAUGUACCCUUUAAAGUGGCUGAAGAUAACGCAUUUAUUCCCAAGCCUCAAAAAUAUAUUUCUGCAGAAGAAUCCCUAUUUCUUAGCUCAUUGGUGAGCAAUGUUCGAUUUUCAGAUACUAUGAAAAUUCUUAUUUGUGUAAGCCCAGAAAAUGACAAAAACAGGUCUGCUUGUCUUGACCACGAAAGUAAAAAUGUGCCAGGUAUCAUUAUGAAAGGAUAUCAGUUUUCACCAUAUCCUGAAAUUGAUUAUUUUAUUCUGUCCAUUGUAACACGAGAUGGCUUUCAAGGAGGUAUACGACAAUGGAACUAUUUCUUCUCAGAGGAACUGCUCGUUUAUGACACCGUGAAUUAUCGCUGGUGUGAAAAUAUAGGGCGGUCACACAAAAGUAAUAAUGUAAUGCUGCUAGUAAAUUUGAAGGGAGAACAUUGGUACCAGAAAUGCUACGAUCCAGUGUGCAGAGCACAAAACUUUAAGUCAAACUGUUAUCCUUUGCCUUCAGAAAUUUGCCUUCAUUUUCUUUUUAAAGAGGAUGAUGAGGAAUUCUUUUAUUCAAUGGAUGAAAAUGGUAAUAUCAAGGAAACUAAGGUAAACGUGCACAGCCAUGCGCAAGAGAUGUUAUCUGCUAAAAAAUCUGAAGAUUUCACAUCCUGUGAGAGAGACUGGGACAGUGGUAUUGACGAUGCCUGUAUCUUGGAAGCCACCGAAGAUGUAGAAUUAGCAGAUGCACUGGAUAAGAAUAUGAGUGAUUUGUAUUGUGAGGACAAAGAAAUACCAGAUGAGCUUUUAUUACAAGCUUUAAAUGAAUACGACAUGUUUAUGAAAAAUUGAACUGGCAGAUUUUUUUCUGCACUGAAUGUUUUUCAACUUUAGAUACACAGAGAUGAAGAAUUAGUAUUCAAUCAAGCCAACAAUUCAAGCUUUUCUUUUUUAAUUUACUGACAGAUAUAUUUAUUUUUUCAAAUAUGUAUUAUAAAACCUUUUAAUUUGUUGUGUACUAUUGGUCAAAGAAAAUAUGUCUUUGAAAUACAUAUUAUUUAAGCUAA